UAAAAACACCGAAGGGACGUAUAGUGGCGAAAUUUAAUUGAUAAAUAUUUUUCUAAGCUAAAAAUGGUGUUUGUAAAAUUAUUUCACGUUUUUCCAAUUGUAUUUUUAUUUAUUAUAUGCAUUUCUAAAAUAUCCAAAGCGUCACGGGCUGAAUUUGUAACAUGCGGCACAAUGUUAAAGAUAAUGAACACGGAUUUGCGUCUUCGUCUUCACUCACACGAUGUCAAAUACGGCUCUGGUUCUGGCCAGCAGUCGAUAACGGCUGUGGAUGUAAGUGAUGACCAUAACAGUCAUUGGCUAGUGCGACCAGCUAUGGGAGAAACUUGUAAAAGAGGGUCUCCAAUUAAAUGUAAUACCAACAUCCGGCUCCAGCAUGUAGCAACAAAGAAGAAUCUACAUUCACAUUACUUCUCAUCACCACUAUCAGGAAAUCAGGAAGUGUCAGCUUAUGGUGAUGAUGGUGGAGAGGGUGACAGUGGUGACAACUGGACUGUUGUGUGCAACAAUGACUACUGGAGAAGAGACUCUCCAGUCAAAUUAAGACAUAUUGACACAGCAGCGUAUCUGGCUGGGUCAGGCAGAACAUUUGGCUCGCCAAUCAGUGGGCAAGGAGAAAUAGUUGGUGUUACAUCUCAAUAUGUGGCAUACACCGACUGGCAAGCAAUGGAGGGAUUAUUCGUACAUCCCAGUGAUCUAUUACCACACCAAGCAGCAAUACAUACUGAAUUAUAGAAAAAUUAUUUGAAAUUUUAAGUUCAUUGGAUUACAAUUUAUAUACAUUUUUCAAGGUUACCAAAGAUUGAAUUAAUCUUCACUACUACACCUCUGAAAAAAAUAUUUAUUAUUAUUUAAGAUUCAAACAUUUUGGAUUCAAUGUGACUUAACACAAACGCUUUAUUAAAUAUUAUAAGCAAAAUAUGCUGUUGAAUGAUGCACAACUUUGUGAGAAUAAAUUGUGAUACAAAUAAUACACAAAUUUUACUAAAACCUUUAUUGUCAAGUAUUAUAACUACAUGAGGUAAUUAUCCUCUGAGAAAUGUUGCUAAAAAUGCAGUGCUUCAACAUCGAAAAGUUAUCAUACUUACAUCUUCGUAUCAACAAUGCUAAUUCUAAUGUUCAAAUCUAGACUAAAAAUAGCUAAGAAGUCUGAACUAAUUUUGUUUCUGUUUAAUCAGAAUCAUAAGCAAGUGUACAACUCUUUAACCACUAAGAUCUAAUAACCCUGGAAUCAAAAUACAUACCUGUGACCAAUACUAUAAAGUACACAAAAUGCUACCAAUUAAUUAAAAAUAAAUAAAUGUACUUUUUUUAAUUUGGUCAAUGGCAAAAACCAGGAUAUAUCUACAACUAUUUGUAGUUUAGCAAAAAAAAAAACAGGAACUUUUGACUUUUAAUAAUUUUCACUGUCUAAAUUUUGAACAUAAGAAUUAUUCCUAUAUAUCCUCCCAGAUUGUACCAAUUAAUUGUAUUGAAGCACACAAACUUAAAAAAUAAGAGUUUAUAAAACUAAAAACAAUACAAAGGAUCGUUAUAUCGCACCAGUGUUUCAGUCAUGAUGCUUUUUGGAUAAAAAUAUUAAUUUAAGAGUGAAAAUUUUAACUUCAUACAUCCCUCUAAUGUGAUGACCAAUCAAAAUCUCUUUAUGGUAAAACUGUUUCUGAACUAUAAAGAGAUGAUUAUUAGAAAUUUAUAAAUCAUGCUUAUGGUAAGAUUAAAAUGCGUGACUUAGCACUAAGUACAACUUAGACUUGAUUUACAAGUGAAUGAUGUGAAUAGACACAGAAUUUGUUGAAAUCUCUCUUAGCAUGCACUUAAAAAAAACUUUGUCCAGAAGGAGUAUGCAUUCUAAGUUGAGACUUAGCACUUCUCACAUAUCAUAAUCUUACUUUAAGUAAGCUUUACAAAUUUCAGCUAAUCUUGUAAUAAUAAAAACCAACCAGUGGAAUGUGGAACAACAAUGUUCUAAAACUCCUUAAUAAAAUUGAUCGCUAAUAUGAAAUAAAUGGGCAGUUAGGGACCAAGUCUGCUAUUAUCUACGAUAUAGAUCCAAAUCAUUUGAUUAUAUUUCUCAGUCAUUAUAAGGUAAAUUUGCGUGAGUUGUGUACAGGUUAAAUUUUUUACAUGACUAACUUAAAGAAUACAAAUUAAAAGUUUAUAUUGAAAAUAAGAUUUCAAUUUCAUUGGUAUUUUUUGUUCAAAUUUAGGUAUUUAUGUACUUUUACACAUAGAAUAUAAGGCACUUGUUGAAA